UCAAAACACGUUUUUUUAACUCCCUGAUCUGACAGUAACUCGAAAUCGCAUAGUCAGAUUUUGGACUAAGCGACUGUGCGAAGAGUUACUGUAGGUUAGAAACGUGUUUUUUAUGAUAUGGUUGUCAAAGGUGGGGGACGUGUUGUCGUCCUGGACAAUGGCGGCGGAAGCUGUAAAGUGGGCUUCGCAGGCGAACGGAAUCCGGUCAAGGUGAUCCCAAACUUCGUAUCAAGGGCCAAGAAUGCAGCAGGGCGCAAGCUGUUUAUAGCCGAUCAGGUGGAAGGGUGUGAUGAAGUGCAAGGCCUCGCCAUCCGCCGCCCCUUUGACCGGGGGUACCUCGUUAACUGGGAAGUGCAGAAGGACAUCUGGGAGCAUGCUUUCAAGAACAUCCUCAAGGUCCGGCCGGCGGAUUGCGUGGGGCUCGUGCUCACAGAACCGCUGUUCAACUUGCAAUCCAUGCAAGCCACCAUGGAUGAGGUCGUGUUCGAGGAGUACGGGUUUCCGUCGUAUUGUGCGGUCGUUGGGCCUUCCCUUGCCCAUGCAGCUUUUGCGAACGAUAAACCAGACAGUCUCUUGGCCCGCACCAGUUGCAGUCUUGUUGUGGACAUAGGCUUUUCCUUCACGCAUUCGGUCCCGAUCUGUGGCUCAGUGCCCAUCCUUCAUGCUGUUCGCCGGAUCAACUUGGGUGGGAAGGUGCUCACAAACUACCUUAAGGAACUCGUCUCUUACCGAGCAUGGAAUGUGAUGGAUGAGACAUACAUAAUGGAGGAUGUCAAGGAAAAGCUGUGCUUUGUCUCAGGCAAUCUUCUUUCGGACCUGGAGGAGGCAAGGAAACCAACGAGUUACCUGCGGUGCGAGUAUGUUCUUCCCGAUGGGCUCAAGCACAAGCGCGGAUUCGUUAAGAAUCCGCAGUCCGCAGCCAUCGCAUUUGAGAGGUUGAGACGGGGGCAACAGAGGGGCGUAGACAGAGUUGGCCGCGACUCGUUGAAGGUGGAGGAGGAUGGAAAUGGGAUGCCUGCAUCGGGUGGGGCUGCGCGGGCAGGAAGGACUGCCAGUGGUGCUGGGGUUGGACUGUCGACAGCAGCAGAGGGGGGUGCAUCUGGGAGCAGGGCUGGAAGGAUGACAGAGGCAGAUGGGAAACCAUUCUCAUCUCCUUCCCUUCCUCAUUAUCAACAACAACAGCAGGUGGAUGGCAGGAGAAGUGUAGGUGGUGGUGGUGGGAUGACACUCGGUUGUGCGGCCGGCAGCGACCUCUCUGAGGAGCAGAGCUUGAAACUGACCAAUGAGAGGUUCCUUGUCCCAGAAGCCCUGUUCAGACCCAUAGACAUUGGCAUCAAUCAGGCAGGUCUUGCUGAGUGCAUUGUCACGUCAGUGGAAGCGACUCCUCCUGAGCUGCAUCCUCUUCUCUACGCAAAUGUCCUACUUGUCGGCGGAUGCUCUCUGUUCCCUGGAUUUGUAGAACGGCUGGACAUGGAGCUGAGGGCACUGGUGCCGGACGACUUUGAACUCAACAUUUUCCUGCCAGAUGAUCCGAUACUUGAGCUGAAGAUGUUCAAGCUGCCGUGCCCAAGAUCUUUCAGAAGCCGAGGGAAUGAGGUCGAGAGCUCAAAACCUAUCUUCCACAAGAUCUCUCAGAGGUUGACGAGAACGAGGUGGAGAGCUCAAGCUGUCACGCACAAGAUGGAUAAUAGGAGUGCAGCUCACGUUUCCCGUUUGUCUUCUUCCUUCUCAUCUGUUCAGCACGUGCGGGUUGAUGAUAGGAACAAUGAGGAAGGCGAGCUGCACUCCGCUCAGAACACCUUGCCUUGGGCGGAGGGUUAUCGCUUGAGCACGUGUGGAGGGUUAUCGCUUCAGAACACCUUGCUGUGCAGAGGGUUAUCGCUUCAGAACAGCUCGCAUUUCCCGUUUGUCUUCUUCCUUCUCAUCUGUUCAGCACAUGCGGAGGGUUAUCGCUUCAGAACACCUUGCCUUGGGCAGUCUUGUCGAGGGCGUAUGUGAUGCGAUUGGUCGCAACGAUGUGCGACACUCG